UAUGUGAAUCCUGCCUACGAGUCCAUCAUGGGCUACCAACAAGGCGAGCUGAUCGGGAAGGAAAUAAUAGAAGUGCCUAAAAGUGAGAAGAAUAAGCCUGAUCUUCUUGAAACCAUAAACUCCUGUAUACUGAAAGGAAAGGAGUGGCAGGGGAUUUAUUACGCCAAAAAGAAGAACGGAGACAACAUUCAGCAGAAUGUGAAAAUCACACCUGUGAUCGGACAGGGAGGAAAAAUCAGACACUAUGUGUCUAUCAACAGGCCUUUAAAUGAUAAUAAUAAGAGCGAUAAAUCCAGUGAGCGAGUGCAGGCAGAGUCUCAAACAGAUAUCCAGUCCAGUAAGCACAAAGACCGGAGGAAAGGCUCGCUGGACGUCAGGUCCACCACGUCUCGGGGGAGCGAUGGGAGCUCCCAGAGAAGACACUCCUCCAUGGCCCGGAUCCACUCCAUGACCAUAGAAGCUCCCAUCACCAAGGUAAUAAACAUCAUCAACGCAGCCCAGGAGAGCAGUCCAGUAACAGUAGCUGAGGCUCUGGAUCGCGUGUUGGAGAUCUUGAGGACCACUGAGCUCUACUCUCCUCAGCUCGCCUCAAAAGAAGAUGACCCCCACACAAAUGAUCUGGUUGGGGGGCUCAUGAGUGAUGGACUGAGGAGACUCUCGGGUAACGAAUACGUUUUCAGCAAAAAUAUAGGCCAGAACCAGUUGGCCAUCCCAAUCACUCUGAAUGAUGUCCCUCCAUUCAUCUCUGAGAUGCUGAGUGACGAGGAGUGCUGGGACUUCAACAUCUUGGAGUUGGAGGCAGCGACACACAGAAGACCGCUGACGUACCUUGGAUUGAAGAUUUUUACAAGUUUUGGAGUGUGUGACUUCCUGAACUGCUCAGAGGCUACACUGCGCUCCUGGCUGCAGCUCAUUGAGGCCAACUAUCAUUCCUCCAACUCGUACCACAACUCCACACACGCUGCAGACGUGCUGCAUGCCACAGCUUACUUUCUGCGCAAAGAGGGAGUCAAG